UUUGUACUUCUCAUCACACUAUCCUAAAAACCCCAAUGGACUUUGGGCCUUGUUCUAGAGCAGGGAGGAAAUUGUUUCCUCCAGUUGUUGACAAAAUGCUACCUUCCUUAUCCCUAGAUAAUAUAAUGGAAAUCAUCAUCAAAGAUAAUAUGUAACUCUACCAGUUGCUGCUAUGUAUUCUUAAUUCAGGAAUGAAAAUGAUGGGAAAAAUGGGCUGAAAUAUGCCUUAUAAUAUUUUUAUCUCCUUGUUUCUCUGCCACAUUGCAUUAUUUAUCAAACAUAUAUGCCAUCCAUACCAGAAUGAAGAAAAGCUGCUAGAAAGCUUGAAAACUACUGAAAGACAAAACCUUGAUAAAAAAGAUUGUUGCCUUAUGUUCCAUUAAAGAUGUUUGAUUAAUGUCAGUCUAGUGUCACAAGAUUAAAUUGAAUGCUUCUUUUGUAAAACUUAAUUAAAUGGCAAUGCUGUGUUUUAACUUUUUUAAAAAAAAUAAAAUUUUCUUCAUAUGGGAUCCUUUUCUGAAUAUCUAAUCAUCCUAUAACGAGGAGGACUUUGGGGUUUGUUAUGUAAAUUGAAAUCAGCUCGUGGUCAGUAUUCUAAUAAAAUUUAUCUCUGUGUAAAAUUAUAAAGCUAGGUGCCAGUGUAUACAUUAGCCAGAAAUAUGAUCUUUCAUUCUCCAUCUUCUACUGAUUGCCCUCCCAAUUUUCCCCAUCCCACAGUUUACUUUUCUGAAGCUGUCAAGCCUGGCUUUAUCAGACUUAUUACAAUAACACUCAAUGACCUUUCCCUGCUAGUUAGGAAAGUCUGAAAUGGUAUGAAUAACCCCGAGAACUGACUGAAAAACAAAUGAAGUAGAAUGGAGAAGAGGAAAAGGAAUGUCCCAGAGGAGGGAAAGUUAAGCAAGUUAACCAUAAAACUCUCUAAAAUCCUGCCAAGAAGAAAGGAGCUUGAAAUUAUGGUGCACCUUCUCUCUUACCUGUGGUUAUUUCUAUUCUCCUUGUAUGUGUGUUUUGGCGGCUGUGAUGUCAAGAGAAAGAGGCGUGGCAACUUUGGAGGCAGGUAGAUAAAGGAUUCAAACUAAACAGGAUUCCCCAGUUCUGAGAGUGGAGCAACAGCGGAAACACAAGUCAGACAGGAGAGAAAAACAACAAUGGGGGCAGUUUGCUACCUAAUUGAUGUUUUUAGCACUCUGUUGCCCAGCUGUUGCACAUGCUAGCUCAAUGGGGAAAAGCUGCUUUUGGGAGUGAAGACCCCAGCAUGCUAUUCAUUCUGUUGGAAAAUCACAUACACAGAUAAUGACAUGGAUCUUGGAACUUCCCAAAAAACCCUUAACAGGAUGUUGGGCAACUCUUAUGAGGCUGACCUGCCAUCUGAUCAUAGUGCAACCCUUUGCAACGGUGAGCAGAGCAACUUUCUGACCCACACUGAUGUGAUCAAGCGUUCUCAACCUCUGUUCAUCGAAGCAAAUAGAAAAAUGAAGGAGGAAAAAUCUCAUACCUUAUCUUUGCCUUCUAUCCCAAACCCUUUUCCGGAACUCUGUAGUCCCUCAAACUCACCUAUCCUCACCAGCUCCACACUGGGGCCAGGAUCACAGCAUGAAGGUGGCUCUCAUGUAGUAAAAGUUUACAGUGAAGAUCGCACUUGCUGUUCUUUGGAAGUCACAGCAGGGACCACAGCCCGUCAUGUUUGUGAGAUGCUGGUGCAGAAAACCCAUUCUUUGCAUGAUGACUGCUGGUCUCUGGUAGAGGUCUAUCAUCACUUAUCCCUGGAGCGGAUCUUAGAAGACCAUGAGUCCGUGGUAGAGGUUCAGGCCACAUGGCCUGUGGGUGGUGACAGUCGGUUUGUCUUCCGGAAGAAUUAUGCUAAAUAUGAGCUGUUCAAGAGCUCACCACAAUCAAUAUUUCCCGAAGUUAUGGUUUCCAGAUGUCAGGAUGCAGCUAAUAAAGGCAUGUCCCACCUAGAACUCAUACAGAAUGUUCUAAAUUCAGGAAGCUGCCCUGAAAUCCAAGGAUUCCUGCAUCUGAAGGAAGUUGGGCGCAAAGCCUGGAAAAGAUUUUACUUUUCUCUGCGCCGUUCUGGGCUCUAUUACUCAACGAAAGGCAUGUCAAAAGACCCCCGGCAUUUACAGUAUUGUGUUGACAUAAAUGAAUCAGUCAUCUAUUAUAUAACCCAAGGCAAAAAACAAUAUAAUACACCCACCGAGUAUGGCUUUUGUAUCAAGCCACAUAAGGCACGUAGUGGACUCAAAGGACUGAAGCUCUUUUGCUGUGAAGAUGAACAAAGUCGCACAUGCUGGAUGGCUGCCUUUCGUCUCUUUAAGUAUGGUGUACAGCUCUAUAGAAACUACCAGCAAUGUCAGACACGCCAAAAGGAACCAUCUUGGUUUGGCACUGUGCCCCUGCGGAGCGUGUCUGAUAAUACACUCGUGGCCAUGGACUUUUCGGGUUGUACAGGGCGCGUGAUUGAAAACCCCAAUGAAGCACUGACUGUAGCUCUGGAGGAAGCUCGGGCAUGGAGGAAGAAGACAUCACAGCGAUACAGCUUGCCCACUGCAUUCCAGAGUUGUCCAUUCAGUGCUGCCAUCCACAAAACUCAACCCUGGUUCCAUGGUCAUAUUUCUAGAGAAGAUACCCAGCGCCUUAUAGUUCAACAAGGACUUGUGGAUGGGUUAUUCCUGGUGCGUGAAAGCCAGCGGAAUCCCAAAGGCUUUGUCUUGUCCCUUAGUCAUACGCAAAAAGUGAAGCACUAUCUGAUACUUCCGUGUGAAGAAGAAGGACGCCUGUACUAUACUAUGGAUGAUGGCCAGACACGUUUUGCUGACUUGAUUCAACUAGUGGAAUUUCACCAAAUCAACCGUGGCAUCCUGCCUUGCAAGCUGAAGCACUAUUGCACAUGUGUUGCCUUAUGAUAAACCGUCAUCCAUUGGCCAUUCCUGGGCCCCGAAUUACCAUUGGCUAAGGCUUAUAUGUAGGUCCUUUUGAAAUGGAUACAUCAGGACCUACUUCAGACUUUCAACCUCUCUGUCACCUUGCCUUCAGCCACUUCUAUAAGAAACAAAGAACAGUAUUUGAACCUUCCCAUAAGGCUACUGAUCAGUAAGCCUUCAGUUGUUUUUUUUUUCUCUCCAGAAUCAAAGAAGGAUUUCAGGUCACAGUAUAGUAGUUUAGUUUGGAAACAGUCACAACGUUGUUGGCUGGUGCCUUUUUUUUCAUAUGACAUUUUUUUACCUCUUGAGUGCCCUUCUGUAUGUUUUAAUACAGACUUUGCUUUUUCACCAUGUUACAGAAAUUUUGCUACAUUGAUCAUUUAAUCUUUCUAAUGUGAUUGCCAAUUUCCAAUUGUCUGGAUGGUGUAUGCCAGACUUAUGCAUUGUUUCAAAAUCCUAACUGACUAGAAAAAAUAGUAAGAGGUAGGAACUGAUUCGUAUUGCAGAUAAUUUUUUUCUUAUUAGCUCUCUUAAGAACUAUUGUCUGGUUCUACCCAAGAUUCUAUGGGUGCUGUCACCUUUGUUAGAAAAGGAGUUCUUUUGUUGUUCAAUCUCUUCCCUAGCAUCAGUUUAUGAAAGUAAAUGCAAUCUGUUCAAGGAAUGGGCUACAAUGUUAUGAGGAUCUGAUAAGAAUCUUUGGGACUGUCCUGAAAGAAUCCACAGCAGGAAGGCUCACAUUAAGUCUAAAGACUACCCUGAAAUUUCUUGUGACUCUGUCAGAUCUGAGAACAAUGGGCUGCCUGGUAGGCAGAAUUGCCUUGGGCUCUUGAGAAUCUCAAAGCCCAUGAAUGCUUCUAAUUGUGAAUCCUACAGCAAGAAAGAUUGAAAUGUUUUUGGUUAAGUUUAGUUAAUGUGACAGGUGAGACAUUGAGGUUUGAAGAAUUGUAUUUUUUUCCCCUCCUUGUGUUAAGGGCUUAAAAUAUUGUGGGAACGAGAAGGGAAGAUUCAAGAAGGCUGUGACACUUUUAUUUCUGCUACUUUUUGAGGCCAGUAUAUAUUGUGAUGUUUUGUUGUUUGUAUGUGUAAAUGCUGGUAAUAAAUCUUAUUUUUUAUGAUA